GGCACCUGCACCAUGGAAAGACUGCCUUUAUGGACAUGUUGGUCAUGGAGACACACGACAUCCAGGAUCGCCUGGACUACAAGAGGGGGAAGAAGCGCGAGGAGCAGCUGCGCUACACCGACGUACACGUGCUUGAGCGCGAGCGCGGCCUCUCAAUCAAGGCGGCGCCCAUGAGCCUGGUGCUGCAGAACACAAAGUCAAAGUCGCAUCUCUUCAACAUCCUCGACACGCCCGGACACGUCAACUUCGCCGAUGAAGUCGCCGCCUCAUUACGCCUCGUCGACGGAGUGGUUCUGGUGGUGGACGUGGUCGAGGGCGUGCAGGUCAACACGGAGCAGAUCAUCAAACACGCGGUACUGGAAGACUUGCCGCUCACGCUGGUAGUCAACAAGAUGGACCGUCUGAUCCUGGAGCUCAAGCUGCCGCCGAGCGACGCAUACUUCAAGAUCAAACACGUAAUCGAGGAGGUCAACACCGUCAUCGAGAACACCAUUCCAGGGCGUGGCGAGAGCCGGCGUGUAAGCCCUGAAAAAGGCAAUGUCGCGUUCGCCUGCUCCAGCAUGCGAUGGUGUUUUACCAUCCAGUCGUUUGCCAAAAUGUACUCCGACUUUUACCCCGGCCCGUCCAAGCUGCCAGGCUUCGGCGUUCCCAUGAAAGGACUCGAUAUCGACAAGUUCGCCAUGCGCCUUUGGGGCGACAUAUUCUACAACCCAGGAAGCCGCAAGUUCAGUCGCAAGCGCCAAGAGGAGGGCUCGCAACGGUCGUUUGUGCACUGGAUCCUGGAGCCCGUCUACAAGAUCUACUCGCACACGCUCAGCCAAAGUCCCGAUGACCUCAAGGAUACACUAGAGGCUCUGGGCAUACGGCUGAAGCCAUCCGAAUACAAGGCAGAUGCAAAAGAACUCAUGCGCCUAGUGUGCCAGCAGUACUUUGGUCCGGCCCUGGGUUUCGUCGACAUGGUCCUGCAGCACGUUCCGUCGCCCGAGGAAGGUGCGCAACGCCUUCUCCAAAAACACUACACUGGACCGCUGGAUACCAAGACUGCCGAGGCGAUGCAGAAAUGCGAUCAGAACGGACCCCUUGUCAUACACAUCACAAAACUCUUUAAUGCCACCGACGCAAAGUCGUUCACUGCCCUAGGUCGAGUGAUGAGCGGAACAGCAACCUGGCCACAGUCGGUGCGCGUACUUGGUGAAGGCUAUACAAUCGAAGAUGAGGAAGACAUGGUUGUUGCAACUGUAUCCGACACCUGGAUAGCUCAAUCAAGGUACAACAUCCCCGUCAGCGGCGUGCCGGCAGGCAACUGGGUUCUCCUCGGCGGUGUCGACAACUCAAUAGUCAAAACAGCCACAAUUGUAGCAACCAAGCUUCCAGAAGAAGAGGAUGCCUACAUUUUCAAGCCUAUUCGACACUUUUUCGAGUCCGUCUUCAAGGUCGCUGUCGAACCCAUCAACCCCUCGGAGCUCCCAAAGAUGCUUGACGGUCUCCGGAAGAUCAACAAAUCAUACCCGCUCAUCACAACCAAGGUCGAAGAGUCGGGAGAGCACGUUGUCCUCGGUACUGGCGAGCUUUACAUGGACUGUGUGCUGCACGACCUCCGAAGACUGUAUGCUGACAUGGAGAUCAAGGUCUCUGAUCCAGUCACACGGUUCUGUGAGACAGUCGUCGAGAUGUCUGCUAUCAAAUGCUAUGCGUCCACACCAAACAAGAAGAACAAACUCACCAUGAUUGCUGAGCCGCUAGACCCAGGAAUCGCUGAAGAUAUCGAGGCCGGCAAAGUCAAUAUCAAGGACCCUGUCCGUGUCGUCGGCAAGUUUUUCGAGGAGAACUACGGUUACGACCUGCUUGCAUCACGCAACAUUUGGGCUUUUGGACCUGACGACAUGGGCCCCAACAUCCUGCAAAACGACACACUUCCUUCAGAAGUCGACAGCAAGAUUCUCCGCUCCGUGCGAGACACCCUGCGACAGGGUUUCAGCUGGGCCACUCGCGAAGGCCCGCUCUGCGAAGAGCCUAUUCGCAACACCAAGUUCCGUCUUACAGAUGUCGACCUUGCUUCAGAAGCCAUCUUCCGCGGUGGUGGCCAGAUCAUCCCCACAAGCCGACGAGCAUGCUAUUCAUCGUUCCUCAUGGCGAGUCCGAGAUUGAUGGAGCCAGUAUACUCGUGCAGUAUGAUUGGCCCGGCCGACACUAAGAGCAGUCUGUACACGGUCCUUGCACGGAGGAGAGGGCAUGUUCUACAAGACGGGCCCAUUGCAGGUACUCCGCUUUACAAUGUGCGAGGUCUUAUUCCGGUCAUCGAUUCUUUUGGUUUCGAGACCGAUUUGAGGGUACACACACAAGGCCAAGUCUCCCUUUCCCUUGUCUUCGACCGCUGGUCCAUUGUUCCCGGUGAUCCUCUCGACAAAGACAUUACAACCCGGCCGCUUGAGCCUGCAACCGCACAGCAAUUAGCACGCGACUUUGUGCUCAAGACGCGAAGGAGAAAGGGCCUCGCCGAGGACGUUACCAUUAGCAAAUUCUUGGAACCCGAGCUGUUCCGCAGCUUGAAGGAGAGCGGCGUGCUCGAUGGGUAAAUGUGUCAGUCUAUUAAUACCAUGUGUCUGGAGUAAUGGCGUUUUGUAUCGCACAAUGUGAAACCAGAGGGAGGAGAGGUUCAAAAGCGUUAGAGGCUCAAUCCGUAGCUAUGUUGGGAGUCAUCUAGUGGGAUUAGGAAUGAAUAUACCCGUUGCGUCUCC